AUGUCUACAACCUGGAACUCCUCCCAUUCCUUCUCUCAAGCGUCUUCACUCGCAUCUACCAGCGUUGCCUCCGCCACAGCUGCAACCAGAAGUCCCUCUUCACAUAUCGUGGGCGUGGUAGAACAACCCCAUCAGCCUCCCUUGAAUUACUCUCCACUCCCCGCAGCUCCCACCAACCCGGCCGGCGCAGCUUCACUGCCGCACUCAUCAGUCUCGGCAUAUCUCGCACAGCCCGUCAUGGCGCAAACACAGCCUCUCGCCCAAAGUCUUUCCAACCUCACCGGUGCUCCUGCAGUAGAACAACAACAAAUCGAGGGAACAGAGGUCACUCUCUCAACCCAUCAACCUGCUGCGCAUUAUCCUCACCAAGUGAGUGGGUCAGGAGGUCCUACCGCGACGGCGCCCUUUCUACAGGAUUUCAGUCUGGUGGCCGAGGCGGCGAAGCGGGCGCAAUUGUCUAUCAUUAUGCGUGAUCUGGAGAGUGUGACGCUAUGA